ACUAAGCCCUUAGGUGAUUCCCGUUGCAAUUAGCCAGACCGUUUCUUCUAAGCCAACCCAUCUCCGAAACCCGAUCCAGUAUGCCUUCACAGAUAUCAUCGUAUCUUCAUUUACCAUUUUUCAAUUUUUUCCUUUCCUUCCAUCGUCGUCCAACUGCUCUUCCUUUCAGGCCCAACCAUAUCUUCCCAUUGUCAUCCGGAAUCACAAUCUCUCUCCUGCUUUUGGGUCUCGCGCAAGAGCUUCCGUGGCCUCUUCGACACCGUCCACUGCCACUGACACGGAGACUAAACCCUUCUCCGUGCUGUUCGUUUGCUUGGGCAACAUCUGCAGGAGCCCAGCUGCAGAGGGUCUUUUCUGAUGUUUGUGGUUUAGAUGGAAUUACCAUGGCGUGCCAAAAGACGUAUUUAUGGGAAUAGAGGAUAUAUUGGAGCUUUCAAUAGGUGGAAGGUUAGAGAGACGCUACCUGAUGAUGCACAUAAAAAGGUCAUUAGAACACACCACGCAGUGUCAUUUGAACCAUAUUUGUAAGUUGUUGUCUAGAUUUUGGAUGCUCUUCCUAUGCUCUCUCAUCUGCAGCUUAGGCUGAUGUGCUCUUACUGUAAGAAACAUGAUGAAACUGAAGUUCCAGAUCCAUACUAUGGUGGACCCCGAGGUUUUGAGAAGGUAAUGUUUGAUUUUCUUACUAUAAGUUGGAACAUGAACAAUUUUGAGAUAAGAACAACUGAACAAGUUGAUUAACCUUUUGAGUUCUAACUUAAAAGACAGUGCAACGGAUAGAAGUGGAAUUCAUUUGCCAUCUCAUUCAACUGCCAGGCUAUUUAUAUGUCAAGAGGGUGACAAUAUGACUGAUGAUUUGUCUUAGAGGAAUGGAUAUCUCUUGUUUUGAUUUAGUUUAGCAUGUUUUGGUAGUGGAACUCAUUAUUGUAAGUUGUGGUUUUUGUCUCUAUGGCAGGUUUUAGACUUGCUUGAAGAUGCAUGUGAAUCAUUGUUGGACAGCAUCUUGGCAGAGAACAGCCAUCUAAAUUCUUAAAUUUUGCUUGAAAGAUGGUCAAUCUAAUCUCAGGCUCAAUAAUUACAAUCAAUAUCAGUGGGGUUAAUGUCAAUACAUCAACAUUGUUUACCAUGGCAGCUUGACAGGACCUCCUGCUAUCCCUCUGUUGGCAGGCUGAUUGCAUUCCUUUAAAUUGGAUUUUGAUGCGGUUUGCAUUUUUAACCGAACACCGUACCUAGCAGAUUGUAUGAACAAAUAUAUCAAAAUCAAGUGA